AUGCCUGGGAACAGGCCACUGAGGGGAAAGAGCGGCGGGACACCCAGGGUCGGUCGUCAGCGAACUUUGCCGUUUACCACGGCUAUCCGCACGAGCCGAUGGGCGACCUCAGGGAUGGUUGUGCGGGCCAACGGUCGCCCGGGUGGCACACACAUAGUUCCAUAUCAUCAGGCCACGCACGCCCUGGAGUUACUGUACCUCCAUCCACCCUUUUUGCGCUCUCCAACAGCGGUUCCAGCACGGGAUAAAUGUGGGAAAAGGACCCGAGUCAAGAUCGUCGACCCCGUGCGAACGCCACUAUUCUCCUUCUUCCCCCCGAAUAAAUCCUAUGUACAUACCAUGCUGCAGGCUUUUCCUUCCUUGGAUCCGCUGAGACCCGGCUUGUCUCGAAUCGCCGCCCAACGUGGACGCUGCGCACCUGCAGUUGGGCCGGCGGGAGAUGCCGAAGUCGCUGCCCGGUGCGGCAGUCACGCAGGGUAG